GACGUGAUUUUCAUCUUUCUCCACUGCACCAACUCAUUCCUUCUCUCACUCACUCCCUCACCCUCUUAUUUCUUCCGUAAACUCCAUAUCCAUCACUAUAUAUAUAUAAAUAUAUAUAUCUUUCCCCGUAGCAUACAUAGUAACCGAUCAACCAUGUCUACCCAGAUUCAAAACGUUUCUUCUCACCAUGGUUCCUCCUCCUCAUCUUUAUCGCAACACCCUCCCUCCAAUCACCAACCGCUCAGCCGUUAUGAGUCACAAAAACGGCGAGACUGGAACACCUUCGGGCAGUACCUGAAGAAUCAGAGUCCCCCAGUUGCUCUCUCACAGUGCAACUUCAACCAUGUGCUGGAUUUCCUUCGUUAUCUUGAUCAAUUCGGAAAGACCAAGGUCCACUUGCACGGUUGCAUCUUCUUCGGUCAACCUACCCCUCCUGCACCUUGUGCCUGCCCUCUCAGACAGGCAUGGGGCAGUCUCGAUGCCCUCAUCGGCCGCCUUCGUGCCGCCUAUGAAGAGCACGGUGGCUCGCCGGAGACUAAUCCCUUUGGAGGCGGAGCUAUUCGCGUGUACCUUCGUGAGGUGAAGGAGUGUCAAGCAAAGGCUAGAGGGAUCCCAUAUAAGAAAAAGAAGAAGAAGAGAAACACAAUCAUUAAGGGGACUCAGAGUGCAAAAGAUAUUGAGCAACAAGCUUCUUGAGCCAAUAUAUAUCUAUAUAUCCAUAUAUGGACGGUUAUUAUAGGGAAAUUGGAAGCCUUUACAAAACAAGAUAAAAAACUUGGAGUUUGCGUAGAUGCUAUUUGUAGCUUACAAAACCCUAGAAGCAGAAUAAAAACCCUAAUAUUUCAUUGUCGAUCGGAAAGGGCUUGGCCGAAACAUAUUUUACUGGCUAAGACAGUAAGAGUAAUGAUUAGAAUAGAAAGAAUAGUGUUUCUCUCCUCCUCCUCUCUUUCUUUCUCUCUCCUAUCAUUCAAAACACUGUUAUUGCAGUUUCCUAAUUAAAUACUCUCAGGUGUUUGCUUUAUGCGAAAUUUGACCCUUUUGUGAUUCUGCGAGAUUUCUUGUGCUCCCCAUGGAUGUGUGAGCUUGAUCUAUAUAUCAUACGUUGCAUGUGAUUACAUACACAAUCUGACGUAGUUAAAGGCUACAAGAGAUUAAAGAAAUACAUAUUCAUAUUUUUAUUAAUGACAAACAAUUCUCCUUCGACACAGAAAUUGGUGGUUUAACAGCAUAAACUUAAUUAUUUUUCCACACACAUUUAUUCAAUGUUGGCCAUUCUUUUAUUAAUGGUUAUUUGUCUGUGCAUGUGAAGAGACAAGUGGCCUUGGACAUGCCCUUUUUGUUUGUCUUGUGACUUUCUCUAGAUUGUUAUAUACUACUUAAUUGUCUCUUAUUAGUGGAAGCUGACUCCAGUACUUUGUCAUAGUUAUCUAAUAAUGUCUGUAUUUCUUAACAGCGUGAUAUGAUAGAGCUCAAAAAAUGCAAAAAGGAAUUAUUUUCUAAAGCAGAAAAGAAUGAAAGAGAAAGUGAAAUGGUACAUUUGUUUUUAUUAAAUUAACAAAAAGGAAAGAAAAAAGUAGCGUAGAUAGAUAAAUAACUCGAUAACCGAUCACUUAAACUUAUCUGAGGUUUGUGAGGGGAAGGAUAUAAUUAAUAUUCAAGUCCGGUGUUUAUGUUCAAGCUUUAUAUGUGUACAUGGAUAUACCAACAAAGGCUUCAAUAAUUUGUUGGCCCUACCAGAAAUGUCCAUUUGUCUCUAAAAUAACUCUGACAAAGAUCAUGUUUGUCACAGGGAAAGUAAGUUAUUAAGGAUUGUGUUAGAAAAAGAGAAAGUAAUAUUUCACUU